AUGCCUCGUCAUAUCGUUUUCGACGAUGCGCCGGACGACGUUCGAGUCGCCAUCGCUUCAACUUCGAAACCCCACUCCACUUCCACCUUCGUCAAGCCAGUACUGCCUAGGAAAGGACCAGCGAUCGUCAAGGAGGGGCAGAACGGUUCGAACUUGAUGAAUGGGGGGGAGAAGAAGGUUUCGCUCGAGCAAGGGAGUCCGUCGUCGCCGCCGUCUACCGAGAUCGCGACCGCGACAGAGAACAAAGCUACGAAACGACCUCGAUCCGGUACGGGUAGUCCAAACAAGUCGAAUGGUAACAUCGUAGGAUUUCAUGAAUCCGAUGAAGAGGACCUCAAACACCAAGCCAAACGUCUUGCCGCAAACGGGAGUGGGAACGUUGCGGAGGAGAGGAGCAAACGGAAAGAGGUGGCCAAACGUCUAGAGAAAGGGAGAAUGGAGUUGCCUAUCUGGCAAGGGAAGAGAUCGAUCUUGAAGAGUUUGGAGCAGAAUGAUACGGUCGUGAUCUUGGGGGAGACGGGCAGUGGGAAAACGACUCGUAUGUUUUAUGGCGCGCGGCGAACGGAUUCUUCGAAUGGCAAUCAACGGCUCAUUUUCUGGCCUUUGAUGCUUUCACAGAGGUUCCCCAAUUCAUUCUCAACUCAUCUACGCCAUGUGCUUCACCAAGGAUCGCCGUCACCCAACCGCGUCGAGUAGCAGCGACCUCUCUCGCCUCUCGCGUUUCCGCCGAAAUAGGUUGCAAACUCGGUGGUCUGGUCGGGUACACCGUCCGAUUCGACGAUCGAUCGACCCCCGCGACCAGGUUGAAGUACAUGACCGACGGAGCGUUGUUGGCGGAGAUGUUGGGCGAUCAGGAUUUACUGAGGUAUGAUGUGGUGAUUUUGGACGAGGCGCAUGAGAGGAGCUUGAGGACGGAUAUGUUGUUGGGGUUCUUGAAGGGGAUCCAAAAGAGGAGGAGGGAGAGGGUGAUGAGGUGGAGCAAGGGGAAGAAGAAGGGCAAGAGUGGGGUAGGGGAGGAGGGGGAGGAGAAGGAACCGACAGAAUUGAAGAUCGUCGUCAUGAGUGCCACGAUCGACGCCAAGCGGUUCAGCGACUUUUUCGAUGGGUGAGUGCGAGCAGCGAACAGGAAGGGGAGGAACAAAAGACUGAUUUAUUGUGAUGAUUCAGUGCGCCGGUACUCUACGUCAAAGGUCGCCAACACGCCGUGACGAUCAUGUACUCCGAGGAACCCCAAGUCGAUUACCUCGACGCUGCGCUCAAAGUCGUCUUCCAACUCCACAUGAGGUCCGAGUCACAACUCAGAGGCGAUAUUCUCGUUUUUUUACCGGGACAGGAUGAUAUCGAUGCGUUGGGUGUGUCGAUCAAGUCGUAUGCCAAGGAUUUGGUUGUGUCCCAUCCUGAACAUGAUGCGGUGAGUUCAUCCUUCGUCGGGUACCCCGCACCAAAGCCUAGCCGCAGCUGAUACCAUACCCGCCUACUGCUGCAGAUCCUCGUCUGUCCGCUCUACGCCAAACUUUCUCCCACUGAACAAGCCAAAGCGUUCAUCCCGACCCCACCUCACACCCGCAAAGUUAUCCUCGCGACCAACGUCGCCGAGACAUCCAUCACGAUCCCGGGGAUUCGGUUCGUCGUUGAUACGGGUCUGGCUAAGGAGAAGCAAUAUCAUGCUUCGGUUGGUGAGUGCGCGGUUUCGAAAUUCGAGAUUUAGAUUGCUGAGCUGAUGAUAAUCGAUUGAACAAAGGUAUCGACUCGCUGGUCUCUGAACCGAUCUCCCAGUCCUCGGCUCUUCAAAGAACGGGACGAGCCGGCCGUGAAGGUCCGGGCGUUUGUUUCCGACUCUACACCGAAGAAUUCUUCCACACCCUUCCCCGGACGACCAAACCGGAGAUCCAACGCGUUUCUCUCACUUUCGCUCUCUUGCACCUCCUCGCUGCCGGACAAGGGGAUGUAUGGUCCUUCGACUUCAUGGAUCGACCGGAGAGGGAUUCGAUCACUUUUGCUUUGUUGACGUUGCAUGGUUUAGGAGCUUUGGAUAAGAAAGGGCAAAUCACACCGUUGGGUAAACGAAUGGCUUUACUCCCUCUCGACCCUAUUUACGCCAAAGUUCUCCUCACCUCCUUCGAAGAAUCUUGUCCGAGAAGGAUCAUCGACCUCGUCGCUCUCUUGGGUUCCAAAGACCAACUCUUCAUCUCGACCUUCUCAACGAGGGAGGAAGCGAACAAAGCUCGAAUUAAAUUUCGUCAUCGUUCUGGAGACCAUUGGACAUUAUUGAACGUGCUUCAAGCUUACGAAGGGAUUCAAGGUACCGAACAAAGGAAGGAAUGGUGUCGCGCGAACUUUGUGAAUCAUCGUGCGAUGGUGCAGGUUUUGGAUGCGAGGAAACAGGUCAGGGAUAGGUGUGAGGGAUUGGGAUUGGAGUGGGAUGUGGAAGGGGAGGGGGAGGGGAAAGGUGGGGAGGAGGAGGAGGAGGAGAGGGUUUUGGCGAGUUUGAUUGCGGGCUUGUUUGCGAAUUCGGCGUUGUUGCAGCCAGAUGGGUCGUAUAGGCACACGAUCUCGAGACAGGUUAGUCCGAGGUUGAGUUUGAGUCGAUCAAGGGGAGGAAAAGCCGAGGUUGAGUUUUUCCAAACCCGCAGCCGAUCAUGAUCCACCCUGGCUCGACAUUGCAUCACAAGAAAGUCCCUGCGAUCGUGUACGACGAGCUCGUAAGUGCUUCGAUCAUACCCACGGGCAUAAAUUCGAGUUUGUAGCUAAUCGGUGAAGCUCUCUACUUCAGGUCCUGACAACCAAGACCUACGCUCGUGGAGUAUCGGCGAUUUUGCCAAUGUGGUUGAGAACCAAGGUACGUCCCUCGUGGUGAUGGGGUAGGAGAAUGGAAAGGCAUCGCUGACGUUGAUCUCGUUCUUCUUUUCAGGCGCCGACAGUGUUCAAUGCCAAGGAAGGGAAAUGA